GUUUAGUGUGAGAUGUGUCUGUGGGGCGCGGGCGCGCCGCGAGCCCCGCGGCCGGCGAGCAGUGUGAGCAGUGUGAGCAGUGUGAGCAGUGCGAGCAGUGCGCGCGGAGUGCGCGGCGCGUCCAGCGCGUAGCGCGUAGCGGCGUCGGCCGAGUAUGCUGCACUGACGCUGCGACAUGAACGCCCGCAGCAUAGCCUUCGAAAUGUCCAUGGAGGGCCGGCAGGUGGACGAGGUGGUCGCCAGCAUCUUCCACACGGUGCUCUUCCACCGCUCCAGCGGCAAGUUCACCUACAACAACGAGGAGAGCUACUCCAUCCGCACCGUCAGCUACGUGGACGUGGACUGCGACUUCAUCGACUUCACGUACGUGUGCUGCGAGUCGCAUGCGCUCGGCCGCUGCCUCAAGAAGGAGAUCUCCGAGUUCUCGGAGCUGCUGAGGGGCGCCAGCUCGCGGCCGCCGCGCGGCUCCAUCAGCCUCGAGUUCUUCCAGAAGCGGCGCGCGCGCUGGCCCUUCCAGCCGGAGUGCGUGCCCUGGGAGGUGUGGACCGUCUGCUGCGAGCUGACGGAGGCGCGCCACGACCACGACGCGCACGCGCGCCACGAGGGCGUCGUCGAGAUGUUACAGGACAAGAUCGUGCACAUCACGGAGAUCAUCAACCGGCACGAGUACGUGCCCAAGAUGCCGAGCCGCUCCGACGCGGACCUCAUCUUCGACACCUCGUACACGGACAUCCAGCCCUACCUGUUCAAGAUCCAGUACAACCUGUCCGGCGCGCCGCCGCCCUCCGUCGGCAACACCGUGCGCAAGCUCAUCCGCGACACGCUCUCCUUGUGACUGCUCGCGGCCCCCGGACUGGCCCUCGCCCUCGCCCUGCAGCUCGCCCUGCUCUACGAGUUGUCUCACUUCGUGUCUCCCAAGUCGAUACUGACCAUUACUACGCUUUACUGCGGCCUGACAUUGUGCUCCUGUGUCAUUAUAACGCUUUCUUAAAGUUCACCAGAGCCAUAAGUCAUAGAAUAUAACGUAUAACAUGUGAUGUGCAAUCGUUAAUAACGUGUGGCAAUUAUGUAAAUAGUAGAUUAUAAUUAGUUGUACAAUGUUGUUUUUCUGACUAUGUUUCUAAUAAAUAAUAACGUGAAAUGUGUGAAUUAUUUAGUAUGCGAUUUCUUAGUGAUUACGUACUUAGCACAAAAUGUAUAUGUAUGUAGACUGAAAUAGGUCCGAUCAUAACUAGUCUAUAUUUUAACUCAUUAUUUUCUAAUAAUUAGUGUAAUUUCUCUUCGUAUU